GAAGGGCUUCCAUGUUUUGUUAGCAACAAGCUAGCCAGAUAACUGUGACGAGUGGUGUAAAUUUUCUCCUCAAACAGUGAACUGGAUAGUCAAUUUUACAUAUUACCGAGCGAAUGUAUAUGUCUGUUGAUUGAUCUAAAGCAUAACUCAUUUAAAGGUAAGAAGCGCUACUUACUCCUGACUUUGUGUGCAGCCAUCGGAUGUCAACGUCACGUGUUGAAUUAGGACUUGAGGAGACCACUCCGAGUAGGAAUUAGGGCUACAUUUUCUUUGUGUUUUUCUCGGUUGGAGAUUACGAGUUACGCCCGCUAGUCGAAUGCUGCAUAAAUGUUGUUUAAUCCAGCUGUAGAACGCAGUUUAAAGUUGUGGUAUGUUAACGGAUCUUUCUGAAACAUUACACUGUCUGCAGUGUGUUUUUACAGUUGAUUUUAAGAGAAAUGGGAAAGCGGUAUCACUGCGAUUACUGUGAUCGCAGCUUCCAAGACACGCUGCACAACAGAAAGAAACAUCUGAAUGGCGUCCAGCACCACAGAGCCAAAAAAGCCUGGUUCGACAACUUCCGAGAUGCAGCUGCAAUUCUUCAGGACGAGAGAGCAAAACAAGCAUGCAGGAAGUUUCUGCAGACAGGUCAAUGUGUGUUUGGCCCCAGCUGCCGGUACUCACAUAUGUCUGAACAGGAUAUGAAGGAUUUGGAGCAACAUAUUCAUGAAGAAAGACAGCAGGGGGUGGACUUGGACCAAGAGGAAGCCACCACUAAACCUUCACUAGAGGAGUGGCUGUCCAGGAGAGAGAAGAGGGCAGCUCAGUCAUCAGGAAGUGUUUUAAAACUGGAGGAGGAAACAGCAGCUAGAGGUAUUGAAGUUCCAACAUAUCUGCUUUCCAUCCCAGAUCUCCCUCCAUCACUUCUGCCCCUGCAUCCUGGAGGAUGGAGAGGCAAAGUCCAUACCGACUGGGGCUGAAAUCAACUUUGUGUGCCGAAUACAACGUUAAUACCCUAUAUGGCCAAAAGUUUAUGGACACAUGAUCAUCACAUGAAAAUCUGUCCUUGAACACCCCAUUCCAAAACCAUGGGCAUGAAUGUGGACUUGGUCCCCUUUUUGCUGCUGUAACAGCCUCCACUCUUUUGGGAAGGCUUUCCACUUGAUUUUGUAAUGUUGCUGUGGGGAUUUGUGGUCCUGCAGCUACUAUAAAAGCUUUCCUGAGGGGAGGCUCAAGAAGGCCUGGCAUGCAGUCAUUCCAGUUCAUCCCUAAGGUGUUCAGUGGGGUUGAGGUCAGGCUUCUGCGCAGGCCACUCAUGUUCUUACGUGCUGACCUUGGCAAACCAUGCCUUUAUGGAUCUUGCUUUGUACAUGGGGGCAUUGUCAUGCUGGAACAGGUUUGGGCCCCUUAAUUCCAGUCAAGGGAAAUAUUAAUGCUACAACACACAAAGACAUUCUAGACAUCUGUGUUAUUCCAGCUUUGUGGCAACAGUUUGGGAAAGGCCAGUGUAUGAGUGUCAUGGUCAGGUUUCCACAUACUUUUGGCCAUAUAGUACAUGUGUUUAUGUAUUAAUACUCUUGUAUUAAUUAUUGUUUUUAGGCAGUGGGCUUGUUUUUGAAUGCUAAUAUGUUAGAGUUUUGUCAUUUAAUGUACUGAUAACUAAUAGCUCUGGGGGUAAAAAUAAACAGAAAACAGUGGGGCAUUUCAGAGAGUGAGUCCUUUUGUAGAUGUUUCAGUCAUUUGAGAGAAUGGUAUGUUCUUAAGCAGGAUAGAGAGUCCUGGGAAAAUUCUAAAUUUUAAAGUGCUUUUCCCUAGUGUGCUCUGUGCAUUUAUUUCAUCAGACAUGUCUAGUGAAUGUCAUUAACUGUCUUGCUCUAGCUAGGUCUCUGUCUAAAAGCAAUUGAUAUAAAGUUAUGUACAAGAAUUUGUAGUCUAGCCUCUUUCAUGGUUGCUAGCUUAAUUGGCUGUUGUUUCAAGUGUAUUUGGCCUUAUUGUUGAGGCCACUGGCAAGCUUUGGGAGAACAAUGGCCCCCAGUGCAAGUCAAUUGCUUUUGUAUGCCUUGUGUAUCUGAUGGCUCUGAUUAAAAAUCCAAUGUAGAGGACCAUUUUCAAUUGAUAUAUAUUACAGUAGACUUCUGCAGGCUAUGAUAAAGGACAAAGGUAAAUGACUUGUCACAGAGUCUCUUUAUCCCCCCAUAACAUCUGGAGGUCUUGUGCAAGCUGCUUGCAGCCCAAAGGAAUGAUUGUCUUAUUAGCAUCAGCCUACAUUAGAAAACAUAAGACAUGAUUGUAAGACAGGAGAAACAUUUUCCUGUAGUAAAAACCCAUGUUAAAGCAUAGACCAGUGAUCACCAACCCUGUUCUUGGAGUUCUAUUUUAAUGCAACAGAGCUGAUCAUUUUGACUGAUUAUAUCGAGUAGAGUUGAUAGAGGGUGAGAAGUGAAUUAUGAAGGACAGGGUAUAAUUGCUAUGCAAUUAUUAUUCAAGCUUAUGUAUUUAUGUACCUUGUGAAUGAUUGUGUAGUAACAGCAAAAAUUUAUUCACUUGUUUUUAAUUGAGUAGUUUGUACACCUGCUUCAAAAAGCAUUCCAGGGUGCUUUUUACUGUCAGGUAAUGAAUCAGUCAAUAAAAGCAACUGAUGAACACAA